AUGCAGCACCGUUCGUUGUUGUUGCUGCCGGUGCUGUGCGAUGCACGGUCGGUUGUUGGUGGCCGUUUCUGCCCCGUCUUACGUCGUUGCUCUCAUUUGACUGCUGCUACUGCCGGCAGCGCUGCUCUGCUGUUGCCGCAGCUGCUGUCGCUCGGCGUUCCGCUGGCUGCAGCACGAGGCUCGGAUAAUAUCAUCCAGGAGCAGCAGCAGCAGCAGCGGCGGCAUCAUUAUCAUCAUGUACAACUACUACACGCCAUUGGCUACUGA